AUGGCUGCGUUGGUCCAAACGAUUCCGCAACAGAGUGGCACGGUACCGGUGCUCCAGACACGUCCUUCCUCCUCCUCAGGCACCUUCUCCCCAUCACACGCCCAGGGUUCUCGCAUCCAGAAAAUGUCGUGGACUACGUUCAAUGCCGAUUCGGGAAGCUAUCGAGCAGGCCACCCGGUUGUGACUCCCUACGCGUUCCCCCCAAACCUGGCCCCGUCCCCCAAUGCCCAUGCCCAACAUCGUCAAUCGUGGUCUCCUCAUCUACGGCCAGAACACCGUACCUCCUCCGCUCCUACAAUUCCCCAAGGGUCUUUGAACAUGGCGUAUGUCGGCGUCAACCCCCGGGUCGCACAAUAUCCUGCAGCUGGUUCUGUAUCGACUUCUUCCUCCAACUCUUCCUUCCGUUCCUACGUCUCCAAGGACGACAGUGCCAUCCCCUCGAGACAGCUGAGGAGCGAGCAGCCACUCCGUCCCCUUUCAACCGCCAAUCUCCCUCCUUCUUUCAUGAACAUCUCUUCCCCCAGUGGCUCGGCGAAGCCCUCCCCCAACCGGUACCGCCGCGGCAAUCAACGCGCAGAGGGUGCUGCCGGCUCACAGUUGUCAACUGUGUCGACGCCGGCCGAUGAUCAGGCCAGCAGUGCAGGCUCCAACACCCGAACGAUACCUCGAUCGAAUGGUCACAACCGGGUUUCCAGUGUGGAUGAUUUGUCCCAUGUGGAGAGGCCGCAACCUGAGCUCGCCAAACGGUACCGCCGCCGGAGCUUGGGGAAUAUGGACUCGUCUGCGCCUCCCAGCCUGCAACUCCAACUUCCUCCAUUGUCGUCCCUCCAGUCUGGCUCUCAUGAUUCCCUGUCAUUCGAACCUAACCAGCGACCCCAUUCCGCUCACUCUCAGCGAGGUAGCCCGGGAAGCAUUCACUCGGCUCACUCAUCAACGUCCUCGGUACGCGAGGGCGCCAGGCCAGACUCAGCUGGCAAAGGCGGCAAGAACGAAGACAAACGAUCAAACAAGCCUUCUCCUUUAUCUCAACCGGUGUCUACCGAAGUCGAGCCUUCGCCAGCCGCUCAACCCGAGUCGCGCCCCAAGAAUUCCACGACCCCGGCGACCGAAUCCCCGGCGGCGAAACGCCUGGCCGAUCUGAAGAAUGAAUCCAAGCGUCCAGGAAAGUCGCGCUUGAGACGGGCAUUCUCUUUCGGCAGCGCCUCAGAGCUGUUGAAGACAUCGGCACAGUCCAAUGCCAGCAAGCGGGAAGCCAUUGCUGCCGAGCAAGCUCGUCGGGAGGCCCUCCAGGAGGAGCUGGGACCGGAGCAGGCUGCCAUUGCUGAGCAGCAAGAGGCCAGUGGACUGGGUGCCAGUAUCUACUCGCAUCAGGGUAACUUCUUCACCGGAUCCACCGAUAACCUGUCGGUAUCAUCCACCGCUUCAUCGGCGUCGAUGAUGCUUCGCAAAAUGGGCAAAGGCAUGAAGCGGUCUACUCGAUCUCUUGUUGGCCUGUUCCGCCCCAAGUCGGUCGCCAGUAUCAAUUCCAACGAGGGUCCUGCCGUGGAACCCACGGCCCCGCAGAUCACCGUGGUCAACGUGGAGGCGGAGCGCGAGAGCGUCACUGUCAACCCUGAUCCCCAAGAUCUCCCCCGCGGAGGCACAGUCUUUCCUAAAGUCGAGGGCCACGGCGCGGAUAUUAGACGGUCUACUUCCAUUCGGGAACGCGCUGCCUCAGAGAACGCUCAGGUGCGUAAAAGCAUCGUGGGGGGAGAGCAGGAGCGCGCAGAAGUUCUGGCAGCUGUCCGAAAGGGCAUCCUGAAGAAAACGCAUUCCGAUCUGGGAGUGUCGUCACCCGCCCAUGCACUCGGCGGCGAAUCGCCGCAUUCCAGUGCGCCUGCUACACCGGAGGAAUCGACCCGAUCAGGGGCUCCCCACAACGACUCGGUCAAGAUUGCGGGUGAGGAUUACUUCCUCUCGAACGCUGGACGGUUCACCGGCUCCGAUGCAAAGAGUGCGCCGAUUACUCCGCAGGCUGUCGGUGGGCGGAACAUCGUCUUCAGUCCUCGCAUCCAGUUCCACGAUACUUGGCCCAGUGGCGAGUAUGACCGGCGUGGGGAGAUUGCGACCUGCAACCGCUUGACGCCUCUGCUUGCCCAGCAGAUUCGGGAGGAGAUCAACAACUUCAAAAUGGAAAUGGAAGUUCACGAAAAUUCCAAGAUCUACACACACUUCAUUUAA